GCCGAUGUGCACGAAGAUGGAGCAGCCUUUCUACCCCGACUCCUUCCUCUCCGGCUACGGGCAGGACUACAAGGCGCUGAAGGCGGGCAUGGCGCUCAACCUGUCGGCCGAGCCUUUCCGCGGCCUCAAGUCGCAGCUGCCGGCUCACCUCCGCGGCCAGGAGGACAGCGCCGCCGGCUACUUCGCGCCCUCCCUGCAGCAGCAGCAGCAGCAGCAGGCCGAGAGCGGCAGCGCCUCGCUCAAGCUGGCCGCCCCGGAGCUCGAGCGGCUCAUCGUGCAGAACAGCAACGGCGUGAUCACCACCACGCCCACGCCGCCGGGCCAGUACUUCUACCCGCGGGGCGCCACCGAGGAGCAGGAGGGCUUCGCCGACGGCUUCGUCAAGGCGCUCGACGACCUGCACAAGAUGAACCACAUGCCGCCGCCCAACGUCUCGCUCGGCGCCGCCUCGGGCGCCGGCUACGGCGGAGCGUCCCUGGCCCAGGAGCCGCCGCCCGUCUACACCAACCUGACGAGCUACAGCCCGGCGGGCUUCCCCAGCGCCAACCUCAGCUACCUGCCGCAGCCGGCCGGCCUGGCCUUGGCGCCGCGCGGCUUCAAGGAGGAGCCGCAGACGGUGCCCGACGUGCAGAGCCCGCCCGUGUCGCCCAUCAACAUGGAAGACCAGGAGCGCAUCAAGGUGGAGCGGAAGCGCCUGCGCAACCGCCUGGCCGCCACCAAGUGCCGCAAGAGGAAGCUGGAGCGCAUCGCGCGCCUCGAGGAGAAGGUGAAGAGCCUCAAGAGCGAGAACGCCGGCCUCUCCACCGCCGCCGGCGCGCUCCGCGACCAGGUGGCGCAGCUCAAGCAGAAGGUCCUGAACCACGUCAACAACGGCUGCCAGCUCCUGCUCACGGCCAAGAUGCAGCAGGCCUUCUAGGGGGCGCCGCCGCCUCCAGGGACCCCGCGCCGGGCACAGGCCCCACGGACUCGUCGUGCAAAGUUUACAAGGGAGCCGCGUUGCCGACUCGGCGCUUCCCGAGACCUUGGCUGGUUUUUGCCCCCCUCCCCGACCGGACUUGUGUGUCUGUGACUCGCGAUCUGGUGGAUCCAGAGCCGCGGCUGUGCUGAGUGUGAGUUUUUUUUUUAAUAUUUGUGCGCGUGCGUGUUUUUUUUUAACAAAAGGAGCCUUUCGUCUGCUGCGUCGCUGGAUGGUGCAGCGGGAUUGGAGGCGCUCGGGGCGCAGACGCCGCCUCGCUGAGCUCCGGCCUCGGGCCGGUGGGCAAAAAGGAGAACCCGUCUGCCUCGCUUUGAACUUAGGACUGAAACGAAAGGGACCAAGAGACGGGUUGCGGGGGAAGAGGAGGGAUCUCGGCAGCUUCCUUUCUCCACGAGGCGGCCACUGUGUGGACAAUAAGGUCGCCGGGGAGAGGAAAGGGGGGGGGGUUACUACUUGUGCUCUUAUUUCUUUUGGGAGUCCUCGAAUUCAGUUGUCCCCCCCCCCAAAGAUUGUAUUUGUGUUUUUGACUUUUUAUUGAAGUUAUUUAAGUAAAAAUGUUCCACUUCA